AAGCUCUGCCCUUAAAGCCAAAUAUUGCUCUUGUAGGAUUGUAAUCUAUGUAGUAUUCGAUGUUGGCCUUUUUUCAAGGGGUAAUUUGGAGUUUUUAAAGGUUUAUAUGUGUACUUCUUAUUCAUAACCUCCGUAUAUUGCAAAUGAAAGAUUCCAAGCAGGUCUACCAUUUGUUGUGUACCCAAUCUUCUCAGCACUUGACCUUUAUGGUAUUUAUCAAGGAUUAAAACAUGUACAUCUGCAAACAUUGACUAAGGAAAGACUUGAGAUUAUAUUAGCAACGUGGGUUAAGAAUGGACGUGUUCCUUCACCUGCAGAGGUGAGCAAAGCUGAGGGCAUUGACUUGCUUUGGGCUAAAGGAAACCCUUCCCCAUUACAAUUGGUUGCGUAAAUGCCAAGAACCAAUUAUCUAGGAUUUCAGUGACGACUAUGCAAAAUUUAAAAAGCAGCGAUUUCCAUUUCAUAUGCCCGGAAAGAAUCUCUAACCACGCGGAAGGCAUAGAACAGUAUGGUAUAGUUGUCAAUCUGCGGGAAGGAGGAGGCGCUGCAGAAACCAUCAAUGCUCUAUUGCAUGCAGUAUAUGUGCGCGAGGGUCUCCUGUGUCACUGGAACUUGAAAGGGUUGAACAGUUCAGAAGCAUUUGUCCAGGAAUGGUUAGAGUUGACAGAAGAUGGCAAGAAAUGGGCAGAUGUAGAUUUUAACCUGGUGGUUGAACAGAUGCCAUUGUUGGGUUGGAGCUGUAAAAACAUUCUUUUGAGCACACAAGAACAGGCUCGCUAUAGUUUCCUUGCAGAUUUGUGAUGCUUGCAGGACAGAAGAUUUUGGAGCUAACUGAAGACAUACAUGACUUCAAUAUAUAUUCUAAGUAGGAUUUUUGUAAGAACAACACAUUAUAUCUUACCUCUUGGCUCAACCAGCAGAUAUAGUAAGUUUGUGUUUUUUGUGACCUUUGUGUUUGUGACUUUAGCAUUUCUCGUGGUGUGACAAUGGAUUUUAGAUAGGAAGUUG